GGGCAUUGGGGGGCGAAAAGGGGUGGACGAGCGAUACGGGCUGGGGGUGCAUGCUGCGCACGGGCCAAUCGCUGCUUGCGAACGCGCUGCUUCAUCUGCAUUUGUCACGAGACUGGAGGCGUCCACCAUAUCCCAUUUACACGGCAGACUAUGCGACAUAUGUCCAGAUUAUUACAUGGUUCCUUGACACCCCGUCGCCACUGUCGCCGUUCAGUGUGCACCGGAUGGCGCUCGUUGGGAAGGAGCUCGGGAAAGAUGUCGGACAGUGGUUCGGGCCCAGUACGGCGGCGGGUGCAAUCAAGACGCUUGUGCAUGCGUUCCCGGAGGCCGGUAUGGGCGUGAGCGUUGCGGUAGAUGGUGUGGUAUACGAGUCGGACGUGUAUGCCGUCUCGCGCUCCACAAUGGGCUCUCCAAGACGAAGCGCGCGCUCAUCGUGGGGAGACCGAGCUGUACUCGUCCUCAUUGGCAUUCGUUUGGGUCUCGACGGUGUGAAUCCGAUAUAUUAUGACACAAUCAAGGCGUUAUAUACCUUCCCUCAGUCCGUUGGAAUCGCAGGCGGCCGCCCCUCGUCUUCAUACUACUUUGUGGGCUCUCAAGCAGACAACCUCUUCUAUCUCGACCCUCACCAUGCUCGCCCUGCCGUUUCGCUACGGCCGCCCCCUCAUGUGGGUGAGAGCCCCGCCCCAAGCAGCUACCACGAAGAGCCUGAGCGCCAGACGUCUCCCGACCCGUCCUUGUCUGAUCGAGACCGCGCGUCACGCAAGUCGCACCACUUCCGCUCGCCCACAUCUCCCACCUUGCGCGCAUCGAGCGGUUCCCCUUUUGCUCACCGUUCGCCACCUACACCCUCGCCGCUGCAGCAACAGCUGUCCAGCUCGAGCGCCAACUCGUCGACGUCGCCCACGAGCAGCUCGUCGCAGUCACACGCCCGCUGGCGGAGCUCCAGCGCGCUGCCCGACGGCUCGGAUGCGGACUCCUUUGGCCUGGGCGCUGGUCCAGAGCUUGGGGGAGGCGCGGACCUUGACCCCGUGCAGCGCCACUAUGUGGCAGCGUACUCAUCGGCUGAGCUGAGGACCUUCCACUGCGACCGCGUCAGGAAGAUGCCGCUGUCGGGGCUGGACCCGAGCAUGUUGAUCGGGUUCCUGUGCAAGGACGAGAGCGACUGGAUUGAUUUCCGCAGGCGGAUCACUGAGCUGUUCCGAACACACAAGCAGAUCUUUUCGAUACACGACGAGCCGCCCAUCUGGCCAUCUGAUCCGGAGGACAAUAUCGGCCUCGAGUCGAUUUCAGAACCAGACAUCGACAUGCCCGAGGAUGACGACGGACUUCUUGACGACCCACGUUCGCAGUCUGCGUCACCAGACGCGAGCCUGCAGGGCACCGCGGCGUCCAAGUCAGAAGCAGACACGGAGGACGACCCGAUCGACCCGCUGACCCCCGGCGCGGGCAAGUCAUCGCUUGAUAUCCCGCAGCACGUGCAGAAGACACCUAGCACAGUGUCAGAAGAUUCGAUUGACUUUGACGAUGAAGAAGACGAAGAAUGGAUGGACCCGGCGCCAUAUCCGCCCUCCACGCCACCGGAGGAUGAGCCCGAGCACGAUGUAGCGUCGCAGCCACAACAAUUGCACGCACCGCAGAUAGCGGUGUCGACGUCCACCAGCUCGACGGUCAGCACAAGCACGACUGGGAGCGGGAAGAAGCGGCGGAAAUCGAAGAAGGCAAAGGCCGCGUCGCCGGCGCCGGCGCCGGCAGCACCGCUGCAGUAUCCGUUCCCGGCGACGAGCUCAGGGGAAGACGUCACACAGGAGGACACGAGCAGGCCCAACGGCAAGCGCAUACCACAGAUGCGAACCGCGAAGGCGCGAGACGGUGGGCGGACGCAGAGCGGCGGCGUGCGAGGCGUGCCCGCCGACGAUAUCGAUGACGACCCAUCAUGAGGCGUCGCCCUGUAGGUCGUUCCACGAGCUGUUGAUGUGCAUGCGUAUGUGUUGUUUCUAUAUGCCCUGCAUGCGUCGUAUGAUAUGUCUGCCAUAUUUUGUCAUUCCCUCCGGCGGUUUCGUUUGCGCACCUCGGCUUGUAGUUAGUUAUAGCAUUUCAUUCUUCAUUACGGUUCUUGUAUUGCCUGGCGCGUGGGCGCACUGAUGUAUAUUGUGCAGGAAGGAGAAGGCUGUACACUGCUUGUACGCUGCAAUUCAAUCAACCAAGAUACCCUCG